AUGGCCGUCCAGCUUAAAGAUAUAUGUCUUGUGUUGAUUCCUGAAGCACCUCUAAUGACUUUGUCUGGUCUGGCGGUUGGCAAUAAUACAACGAGCAGUUCAGCAGCAGCAGCAGUAAACUCUGCUCUAGCGUUGGGCAGCAAUAACAGCAGCAGUAUUAAUAUGAACGGUUCAACAGCAAACGAUCAUGAUCAGUGCUUGAUCUCCACCGUGAUCAGUAGUUCUGUUGAGCUGUGGCCUUGGAGCCCACUGGCUGUGGCCACU